AUGAAAGAGUUACAAUUUAAGUGUUUGAAGUCCCACGACUACCACAUGCUUAUGCAGGGUUUGAUGCCAAUUUUUCUAAUGUAUUGUUUCAAAGAUCAUAAGCUUUUGCGUGAGGCAAUACGUCAAUUGUCAUUGUUUUUCAAAGUUCUUUGUUCUAAGGUUAUUGAUCGUGAAGCGCUUCGUCUAAUGCACGAACGUGUUGUGGAGUCUUUAUGUGUGUUUGAGAUGUACUUCCCACCGGCUUUUUUUGUUACGAUGACUCAUCUUGUCGUACAUUUGGCCGAAGAGGCACUAACAUUGGGACCAGUUCAAUUUAGGUGGAUGUACCCUUUUGAGAGGAUGAUGAGAACCUACAAGGUUUAUGGUCGGAACAAAAACUAUAUUGAAGGGUCUAUAACUGCACAAUAUGAGGUCGAUGAAGGAGCGCGCCAUUGGAUGGAAACCUCCUAA